UUCAGGCGGAUAUCUCGUGUUUGCUUCAUCCUUGUGGCUCUUUGCAGAAGGGCACGGAGAGACUGAAGGUUGGCCCGGUGUGUUCAACAAGACUUCCUCCUGCAAACAUGCUGUCCAGGCUCGUUAUUGUCUCAGCCAGUGGCCUGAAAAGCAGCGGCCCCCUUGGAGCUGGUCUGGUCCAGGCGUCCCGCUCCCUGCACACGUCGUCCCAGAGUCUGGCCCCAGUGCCCGCUCUGCCAGAGAAGGGAGGCAAAGUCCGUCAUGGCAUUUUCCCAGAGGAGAUUUUCCAGCUCCUGUACCCCAAAACUGGAGUCACAGGACCCUACAUGCUGGGCACUGGCCUCCUCCUCUACAUGCUUUCCAAGGAAAUCUACGUUAUCAAUCACGAGACCCUUGCUGCCGCUUCCAUCGGCGCCGUCAUCAUCUAUGGUGUCAAGAAAUUUGGUCCAGGUGUUGCAGCUUUUGCUGACAAACUGAACGAGGAAAAAGUGUCCAUCGCUCAGGAGGUGAAGGACGUCGCCAUGACCAGCCUGGCUCAGGCUGUUGAGGAGGAGAAGAAGGAACAGUGGAGAGCAGAGGGAAGAUCAAUGCUCUUCGACGCUAAGAGGAACAACGUGGCCAUGCUGUUGGAGACCAACUUCAGAGAGAGGCUACACAUGGUGACCCACGAGGUGAAGCGGCGUUUAGACUACCAGGUCGCCCUGCAGCACCUCCACACCCGCAUGGAGAUGGAGCACAUGGUCAACUGGGUGGAGAAGAGUGUCGUCGGCAGCAUCACUCCUCAGCAGGAGAAAGAGAGCAUCGCCAAGUGCAUCACAGACCUGAACGUUCUGGCCAAGGCCACUCAGGCCAAAGCUACAGUCUAAGCCGUCAAGUCUUCAGAGAAGACCUCUCUAAACCUCAACUCACGGUCCCCAGACAAGACGUUCACUUUUCUUUACAGAAUAAACUAUUUCCUCUUUAAAGAUUGUCUCUGUCGAUGUGUUAUGGGUGUGUACAGUAUUUACACGUCAGCUGGUAGUAAAAUAAAUGGUUCUCUUAAUCAA